UAAAUUAUAUUAUUCAUAAAUAUUAGUUUAUUUUUUUUUUUUAAUACAUACAUCGUGCUACAAAAUACCUAAUUUUUCGUUUAAAAGGUGGAUAGUUUUAUGCUUGAUAUUUCAUAUUAAUAAUCUCAUUACACAUUGUGAAUUUUAAUAUUUGAUCUCGUUUGUGCGAUAAUCGCGUUGCAUAAAUCUAUAAUGCGUUUUUUUUUUCAAACACGAGACAAUCAAAUACAUGUGCACUUCGUUUUGAAGAUUCAUGUAUACCUGACAUACAUUUUACAAUUUUACAUACGUUAUCGUAUAAUAUUAUUCAAUUAUACUAGUGUCAUCCAUUGGUCGAAAUACGACUAAGUAAACCGUUUUGGUUCUAAAAUAAACACGCACUAAAAUAUUGCAUAUCUCAUAACACACAUAAUUUGGUAUAGGUGUUUGUGAUUUUUUUUCUAUUGUUAUUCACAAUAUGCGCGUUUAUUAAAUGGGAAAAACGGAUAUUUCGUAUUUUAAUUUCUAAUUCAUUAUACAAGCUAUAAUACGAACACUAUUGAAUAAUAACCAUAACUAUAAUUGUACUAGUUUAUCUGUUUAAAUUGGUCAGCUAACUGAUAAUUAUAUUUUGUGAUUUUUUUUCCAUCGAAUUCGAUAGACUGGGAUAUUUUUUGUUUUAAAAUCGUUUUAGUCUUAUUUCAUACUUAACCGAUGGCGCAACUGCUGUGUAUUCUUAUUUUUAUAUUUUACCUGCAGCUUUAACCGGACAAAACAUGUGUACAGUUUUUUUUUUUUUUUUUUGUGCGUUUGCGUGUACCUACGUAUAUGUGGAAUUCAACUCAACAGUCGGCAUUUUCCCUUGCUAUCACAGUGUGUUACUAUUAGUACGGCAAAAAAAAAAAAAAAUAAAAGAAAAAAAAAACGCAUAAAAUAUAUAUUGUAAGUACCUAGUAAACUAACCAACCGUUAUUAGUCAUUAACCGUGGUCGCCUAGAGGUAAUAUAAUAAAAAAAAUAUACUAUCGAUCGGUGGUUGUAUACAAUAUAUUGUAAAUAAAACGCAGCUGUGUGCGCGUCUGCGUAACGAUUUAAUACAAUAAUAAUGUAAUAUUACGAUGAUCAUCAUCGCACUAUGUCGUUGGGUGUUCACCGUAUUCGUGCCGUGUGUUUCAGCGCACGAGGAGUUGAAGUUCUUGGACAUGAUAACGGAGAAGAGCGAAGCUAAUGCCGCCGCCGCAAUGCCGUCCACCGAAUCGAAGACGGUCCUCGGGGUCGUGGCCAACCAUCAGCAACAGGUGCACCUCGGCCGGCAGUCCGUCAACCGGCCACCCGCGUCGGUGCUCAUCGGACACCAUCACCACCACCACCAUCACCAGCCGCCGGUGCCGCCGCCGCUGCCACCGCCACCGUCGCACCACCAUCCUGUGCAGCAGCUCAACCAACAGCCGCCGCUGCACCACACCCGGUCCGGUAGCAGCCUGUCCGAUUAUCGCGGCGCCGUCGAACCGUCAACCGUGCAGCCGAUAAUCUCUUUGGAGCCCGGCGGCGGGGGCGGCGGGGGCGGCGGCAGUGGACGGCGGGCGGCCGUCAACGGAAGCGUUCCCGGUGUGAUGUGCGGCGGAGGACCGGCCGUCUGGCACCCGCGACCCAUUUACCCGUUCCCGUUACCACUGCCCAGCCCCGGCACCCUGUGGCAUCACGCGCAGCCUCAUUUCUCCACGCCUGGAUUUCCGCCGACUUUCAUCGAGAACGAGUGGUCCAGACACUGUCGGUUGCCGAUGUUCAAUCCGGAACUACAACCGGAACCGGUAAACUUGCAGAACAACAACCACCACCAUCGUCGACCGGAACCGGGCCGGGCGCUGGAAAUCGCGGGCAGGCUGCAGCAGGAUCGCGUGGCGCACAAUCGACCGGCGGCACCCGUGAACCCCCCCGCACAAGACGAUCGAGAACAGACCAGACACCACGCCUAGCCGAGACGAACGCAGUCGUAGCACACAAUAUUAUACUAUUAUUAUGGUAAUAUAUUUUAAGGUUCAUUCUACAUCAUCACAGCCCUGUCAGACGGUACGAAUCGUUUACAACAAUACUUAAAUAAUAAUAAUAAUAAUAAUCAUCGGACGACGACGAUCGCGGCGCCUGUAAUAAUAAAAUGCGAUAGGCAUUCAAUAUUGUUUUGAUUGUGUGGAUGUGCGAAGAGACACAUAACUACAGGCAAAACGCAAUCGUCCGAUUAUUUUUUCAAAAUUUAUGUAAAAAAAAAAAAAAAUUAAUAAAAAAUUUGUUACGACUUCUA